UUUUGGGUUAAUUACACCAAACAUUUUUGAAAAGAGAGAGAUCUGAUUCAGUUACAACUCUCAAUCAAUCUGUACACAUUCAAAAGCUUCAUAUACGCAUAUUUCGCUCCUCUCCCUCUCCUUUCAAAAUCUGCCUGCCUUCCCUUUCUCUUCAUUGUUGCAUUGUUUGAUUCAAUUCAUUGACAAACCAAUCCAAAAAACAAAAUGGGUUUUCCAAAACUAUUCCAUCGAAAGAAGAAACUAGCCUCUGCAUCAAUGACCCCAUCCCUCUUGGGCUCACGAUCCAACUCUCUCAACUCUCGCGCCCAGAUCGAAGAAGAACUCAAGCAAGUCUUCAAAAAAUUCGACGUCAAUGGCGACGGAAAGAUCUCAUCCUCCGAACUCGGCUCCAUCCUCGGCAGCCUUGGCCACACCGCCACGGAUGAGGAACUCCAGACGAUGAUCAAGGAGGUCGACGCCGACGGCGAUGGAUGCAUCGAUCUCGACGAGUUCAUCGAGCUCAACACCAAAGACAUCGAUUCCGAUGAGGUUUUGGAGAAUCUCAAAGAGGCUUUUUCUGUGUUUGAUAUCGAUAAGAACGGAUCCAUCUCUGCCGAGGAAUUGAUGAAUGUGCUUCAGAGCCUCGGCGAGGAAUGCUCCAUCGGUGAGUGUAGGAAGAUGAUCAGUGGAGUCGAUUGUGAUGGCGAUGGAACCAUCAGUUUUGACGAGUUUAAGGUUAUGAUGAUCAAAGGAUCUCGUUUCGAUGCCAUGGAAGGACAGAGAACAAAUAGUGUUAAGAUCGAUUGAUCGGAGAAACAGAUAUCAUCAUCAUCAUCAAGGAUUUGGAGCAAGUGCAAAUACAUGAAUGGUCUCUGCAUUUUCAUUCAUUUAUGGAAUUUAUUAUUCCUUUUAAUUUUCAAUGUUUUCUUUUCUUUCCAUGUGGUUUGGUUUGUCAAUUAGUAUGGUG